AAGAUGAAGGUGAAAUGGACCAAACUGGGCCUGGUCGUCUUCUUCCUGCUGUCUGUGGUGAUGACCGGCUGCUUCAUAUGGCAGUACAGGAUACCAAAGAUGGAGAUGGAGGACGUGGCGAUGCAAGAGAAGUUGAAGGAGGAGAGGAUGUGUCCUCGCUUCCCCGAACCCGUGGCCCUCACCCAUCCCAUCACCGUCCUGAAAGAGGCUUUAAAACAGGUGGAUGGACUGCUGAAGUCGAGCAUUCAUAAAUCCAGACUUCCGGCAAUUUCCGUCGUAGUGGUUUUAAACGACUCGGUUUUGUGGAACGGAAACUUUGGCAAAAAGAACGGCAGCGACCCCUCGUCACCACCACCCACCGAGUACACCGUGUACAGAAUAGCUAGCCUCUCCAAGAUCUUUCCUACGCUGAUGCUGUACAAGCUGUGGGAGGAAGGGAAGAUACGCUCUCUGGACGACCCGCUACAGAAGUACAUGGAGAACUUCACCAUUAAGAACCCGCUGGGAACCAGCAGAGGAGCAGCGCCCUUCUCAGCUGGGACUCAAUCCGCCGCCUCAUCGCUCACCCUGCGCAGGAUGGCCAGCCAGCUUUCUGGGUUACCCAGAAGAUUAAGGGCCACUAAUCUCCUUUGGAGCGGAGACACCCGGGCAGCCCUGGACUUGUUGCAGGAUGACGUCCUGGUGGCAGAUCCAGGUACCAAAUGUCACUACAGCAAUGUGGCGUUUUCCUUAAUGGCAAAUGUCUUGGCCCAGAGGGUCGCUGGUGGAAAUUAUGAAAGCUGGGUGUCGGACAACAUCCUGGAGCCGCUUGGCAUGGAGGACACUGGUUUUAACCUCACCCCAGCUGUUCAGAAUAAGAUGGCUGUGGGUGUGUACAAUAGCGGCCUGCCGGCUCCUCUCUAUGACCUUGGCUGGUACCGACCGGCAGGUCAGAUGUACUCUACUGCUGCUGACAUGGCGAAAUUGACCAUGGCUCUUUUAGGGGCAUACAGUCGGGAACUGCUCCGCAGGGACACCCUCAACACAAUGCUGACCCCUGUGUUUCGUUGCCACAGCGGCUACUUCGCCAGCUCAACGGGAACGCCCUGGGAGAUCAACGAACAGCUGGGUUAUGAGACGGUAAGGAAGGACGGCGACCUGGACGGCUAUGCCGCCACCCUGUCCCUGGUGCCUCAGCUCAAGCUGGGGCUUGUCCUCCUGAUAGCGGGGGUGCGGCCGGAAGACCAGGAUCUGGUGAGCCAGAUCUACAGUUACCUCAUUCCCGCCAUGGAGACAGCAUUCAGCGAGGCGAGGCGUACACUCCAGCCACCGCCCGACCCGAAUCCAUAUGUGGGCAUCUUCACCUACAGAAACAUGACCUUCUAUGAGAUCAAGGUGGACAAUGACGGAGUGCUGGUCAUGCAGCAGUUUGGACCACAGAUGGACGCCUCUGUGCCGUCUAAAUACCGGACCAUUAGACUAGACUACCUUCAGGAGAGGGUGUUUAAGGUGGUAUUUGAGGGGAAAUACCCCUGCAAGUUGAAGUUUAACAAUGCCUCAGUGUCCUUGGAGGCACAGGACAGACAGCUGUUCAACUUCUACCCCUUCAACAAGAAGGGCGUGUCACCAGGGUUUGAUUCCCCAGGACUCAACACAUACAGGGUGAACAGGAUCGCUAGCAAACCAUAUUUUACUUAA